CUGCCCUCUUGUACGAUGGCCAAUUGCGCUAGGCCCGGGCCGGCUAAUGUGGGGACAUUCCAUCUGUCGCGAGAUGACGCCGCGUCGCGACAUAUGCCACGCGUAUAAUCUAUCUGCUUCGUUCUCGCCAGAACGACAACACCAACGCGCCUGGUCCCUUGUUAGCCACGCUUCAUGACUUAUAAUUGCUCGCGUCUGUUUUCGUGCCGGGAGUAACCCAAAGGAUGGUGGUGCCCGAUAUCAUGGGGGCCUAGCUCUGCGACUCAGGCGCCCAGUCAAUCAAGUGGCGCAGUUCACAAUGCACCAUCCCUCGUCACUAAAAGUAUACCCACGUAUUCUGCUUCUUGAUGCUCUACUAGGCCGCCAUGUUUUCGAACUUUGCCAGUGCGAUAUCUGGUAAUGCUCCAGACAAGACAACCAAAGAUGAGGGAGCAUCGCUUACAUCGGUCCUCGAAACACCCACACUACGCGUCGAAUUGGCACUCCUCGUGCUCUUAAGCAUCGAUGCCAUGCGAACCGAUAUCACUGCUACAUUCGAGCCAUACAACAAUCCCGAAUCGAACCCCUCCGUUGCGACCCGAUCGUCUGCACCCAAUACCAAAACACCCACACCAGACCUUAUAAGCCUCGACGAGCCGAGACAAACUGCGAUAAGACCCUCCCCUUCGAGGGAAAGAUCGCAAGAGCAUGAUUCCACCCAAAUGCAAGCUUUGCGACGAAGCGCUUUGACAUUCUUCGAUCAAUGGCGCGCGAGUGUUAUGCACCGCAUAUGCGAUGUUGUCUCUGUUCGGGGUGAGACUGUGCGACAGGCAAAAGCGAAGCGAAAGCAAAUAUCAGAGCAAAACGAACGGCAAAAGCAGGGCAUCUCCUCGCUUAUCGAUUUCGACGACGUCGACCCUUUUGCCAACGCGACAUCUAAGCAAUCCGAGAAUACAAAACAUGGUCAGUACGAGGUCAUAGAGACUAGACUGCUGGCUCUUGAGGAAAAGAAGCGUGUCCUGAUCUUGCAUUGCCUUUUGCUUCUCUUGCUGAGCUUGGAACAAUACUCGGCACAUUCGCGCAUCUUGCUGCUACGUCUCGCAAGUAGUCUGAAACUAGAGGUUGAUCUGCUGGGCGAGCAUGAGAAGUCGGUUGCACAAGGCCUCUUAGCAACGGCUGCCUCACAGAUGGACGCCGAAGCAACAGCAAAGAACCAAGCAUCCAACGAUGCCGUGUCACGCCGCUGGAAGGUUGGCCUCGCAACUGUAGGCGGUGCAGUUCUGAUCGGCGUCACGGGUGGUCUUGCUGCACCCCUACUCGCCGCCGGCUUAGGUACAGUCAUGGGCGGACUUGGCCUUGGGGUCGUUUCAACGUACCUUGGUGCGUUGGCGGGUAGCUCAGUGCUCGUCGGAUCAUUGUUCGGGGCCUACGGUGCCAAGAUGACAGGGCGUGUAAUGGAGCAGUACGCAAAGGAAAUUCGAGACUUUGAGUUUCUUCCAGUCCAAGGUAUGUCAGCGUCUGAGAUGAAGCCUCGUCUAGCAGCUAAGCGUGUCAGAUCCUGAUCGACCGGCAAACCAGCGCCAACUCGAUUGGGCUGAUGAACAAGAUGCCCGUGACCCUCGGAAACGUGAACAACAUCGACUGCGUGUCUUCAUUGGUGU